UAAGCAGGUGUGGUUUAAUUACUCAGUGCCUGCACCUACUGGCUUCACUGUUGUAGAAGUUGCCAAUCACCCAUUUCCUUCGUUUGGUCAAGAUAUUGCAUACAAAGCCACAACCAUCAUGAUGAAGCCAUAUGGAACUCCCCUCUCUGACAGCCCUGUCACAGUACAGGGUACACCGUUUGGAACGGAUGGUGUUCCACGGAGUGAAGUUUUUCCACGAAGUGAAGAUUCCUCUCCAAGCGUGGAGGUGGUCAUUUUAGCUGGAGUGACUUGUUUUUUGGUGCUAACUUCCUGCUUCAUAUUCUAUAAAGUGUGCAAGACAAAGUGUGCUGUGUCGUCGAGCUUCACCAUGCUACCUGCCUCUUUCACGGCUCCUGUCCCCAUCCUCCUGGUGUACCCGGUGGAGAAUCCAGUCUUCCAGAGGGCUGUGGCGGCUCUGGCAGAGUUCUUGCAGCAUCAUGGGGGCUGUAAUGUAGCCAUCGACAUGUGGCAACAGGGAAAGAUAGCAGAGCAAGGGCCCAUGCGGUGGCUGGCAGAGCAGGCCAAGUCUGCAGAGAGGGUGAUCAUCCUCUGCCCACAGUUGCAGCCCUUCCACUGUCCUCCCAAACAUGGUGUCUCAGAGCAGUCCAUCCCUGCUGCUGCCCAAGACCUUUACCCUUUGGUUCUUCACAUGGUGGCAAGCCACGCUAAGAGCUCCAGUGAACUGGCCAAGUUCUGGGCUGUGCAGUUUGGCAAGCCUCAGGAUAAGAAGCAUGGUAACCUUCUGGUGGAACUGAGGGCUUGCAAGAAGUUUUGUUUGAUGAAGGACUUGGACAAGCUGUACAGGAGUCUCCAUUCUCCGUUUCAAGGCUCCAAGAAGACCUUUGGGCUGAAGUGGAAAUUAGGGAUAUCCUAUAGUAAAGAUAGUACAAUCAAGUUAAGAGAUGCUGUUGGGCAGCUAGCUAAGUGUGGGCCUAACACUGUAGAGGAGCUGCAACAGUUGAAGGCUGCAAUUACCAGUGUAUGA